AUACCCCCUCUUUCUUUCAUUUCCACUCCAAGCUCGUCUGAAUCUCCAAACCUCACAAAAACCCUUCAAUCCCAACCGUCGCUUCCUCUCCAAGAUCUGCUUCGGCCUCCCCCACGGCAUGAUCAAGGAGUUGGAAGCUACAGCGGACAACCUCCACAGCUGGUGAACCGCCGUGGCCAUGGAUCUAUUGAGAUGAACGGUCAGGAUUCCUUGAUUGCAUCAACCGCGGGAGGUGGGAGGAUCACAGCCAUUGAGCAAUGGCGGAGGGGGGAAGCAGUAGAUGGGUGUCUGCAUACAAGGGAAUGUCCUCAGACAAUAUCAAGGGUCUGGUGCUGGCACUUUCGUCGAGCAUCUUCAUUGGUGCCAGCUUCAUUGUUAAAAAGAAGGGUUUGAAGAAGGCAGGGGCUUCCGGUAUUAGAGCAGGAGUUGGAGGCUAUUCUUACUUAUAUGAGCCGCUUUGGUGGGCAGGCAUGAUAACAAUGAUUGUUGGGGAAGUUGCUAACUUUGCAGCAUAUGCCUUUGCGCCAGCAAUUCUUGUCACUCCUCUUGGUGCUCUCAGCAUAAUUAUCAGUGCUGCACUUGCACAUGUUAUUUUACGGGAGAAGCUGCAUGUCUUUGGUAUUCUUGGCUGUAUUCUUUGUGUUGUUGGAUCAACAACAAUUGUUUUGCAUGCCCCUCAGGAGCGUGAGAUUGAGUCUGUGAAGGAAGUAUGGGAUCUUGCUACAGAGCCAGCUUUUCUUUUGUAUGCAGCUACAGUUAUAGCUGCAGUUUUUAUACUCAUAUUUCAUUUUAUCCCUCAGUAUGGGCAGACGCAUACAAUGGUGUACAUUGGGGUUUGUUCGCUUGUAGGUUCUUUAUCGGUCAUGAGUGUCAAAGCACUUGGAAUUGCUUUGAAGUUGACAUUUUCGGGAAUGAAUCAAUUAAUUUAUCCACAAACUUGGGCUUUCACUAUAGUUGUGGUUCUUUGCGUGGUUACCCAAAUGAACUAUUUAAACAAGGCUCUUGAUACAUUCAACACAGCAGUUGUAUCUCCCAUAUACUAUGUGAUGUUUACAUCCUUCACCAUUUUGGCAAGCGUGAUCAUGUUUAAGGACUGGGACCGGCAAAAUCCAUCUCAAAUUGUAACGGAGAUGUGCGGAUUUGUGACAAUCCUUUCUGGUACAUUCCUUCUCCACAAAACGAAGGACAUGAGUGAUGGUUUGACUACUUUAUCCAUUCGUCUUGCUAAGCAUGCCGACGAUGAGGACGGCUUUGCUCCUGAAGGCAUUCCUCUGAGGUGUCAGGAUUCCUUGCGGCCAACACCAUAAUGUAUUCAUAUCAUCUCUACACUGGUAUUUCAUCCACAUUUACAUGCUUUGGGGUCAUCUCUCAAACAUCAUCCCCACCCUAUAUAAUUUCAUAUUCUGUUUUUAGAUGGAAGGGAAAAGAGCAAAAGAGAGUUUUUUUUUUUUCUUUUCUUUUCUUUUCUUUUCUUUUUUGUAUGCGCGGAUGAAGCGGCGGCUUCUCUCCCUUGUAUGAUGGAUGUGACAGGGGGGGAAAAUGUAAGAGUUGUGCACAUUGGUUUAUAUAAACUGUAAUAUUCAGCUUCAAGUUAGGGUGGUGUUUCACACCAUACGGACUUUGGACAUUUGAGGUUAGGGUUGUUUUGAAGAUUGUUUUGUGAAAAUUCAUUUGUAAAAAUGCAAGACUGUUUGUUCAUUCAGUAAAUGAAAUGGAAGCACAAGAUGUUCAUAA